AUUCUGGCCUGUUUUUUUUUAACUUUUUUUUCAUAGAAAUUUUUAUUCUACAAUAGAACUUUUUUCACAUAUCAUGAGGUGUAUCGUGGAGUGUAUAAACAAAGUUUUUACUGGAAUUUUUUGGUGACAUCUGUCGGAGAAAUGGCCGGGUGAAUGAGAUGCGGACACGAUUUCUCAUGUUUGGAUCAUCUGAAACACAAAAACCCAAUUUAUUCUUAAAAAGUACGUGAAUAGUUAUCGUCUCUAUUAGAAUCAUGAAAAAAUUUUGAGAAAUGAAAAAGAAACUAACGUUCUUUUUCUUAACAUUGUCAAUAAAAUAUGAUAUACAUACAUAUAUAUAGGGACGAUAGCCAGGCGUUUUGUGAACAUUAAAAAAAAAUUAAGCAAGUCGGUUGAGUAGUUGAUCGGAAUCAUGUCCGCCAGUUUUAAAUGUGUGUUUUGAGAAAAACGCGUUUAAAGUUUGAGGUGUGCACUCCGAGCGCUCCGAACGUCGAGCGGUAUUAUUAUUUUUGGGCCUUUUUCGAAACGUUCCAAUGGUAAAGUGGGUUUCUACAUUAAUUCUAAGGGUAUAAAGGAAUAGAAAAUGCCCAAAAAAAAAAAGAUUUGAAAAAAAAUUACCCUUCUAACCCCUUAAACUUGCUUUUUUCAAAAAUAUUUCUUUUAAUUGCGUACAAUUGUAAAUCGAGCACAAAUCAUCCGAUUGAUUUUUUCUGUUUAUUCUGUAUGUGUUUGCUGUGAUUUAUGUUUGAAUUGUUUGAACUGAAAUCAAAGAAAAUCAUCCAUUAUAGUGCUUUGACGCAUAACUUUCGUUGCGAGAAAAUAAAAGUUGUAUAGUCUAAAUUAUAUGAUUUCUAAAGUUGAUAUUGAAUUUAAAUGUAGAAUCGAUGUUAUUUCUACUAUAACUAUUACUUUUAGACUUUGCUUUGGGUGUUUCUUAUUGGAAUUCGAAUUUUUAUCAUCUUGUUUCAAUCGUACUCGACAUAGACAAUUUCUAUACGACCUCCGAUAAAUAUAUCACACAGAUUUUCUAAACAAUUUAGUGGCCAGUUUUUGUAAAUUAUGAACAAUUUGAACGGUUCAUCAUUAAGUGUUUUUUGUUGCGCUACUCUUUGCUCUUCGCUGCAUUCGGCACUAAGCCUAAGCUGGAAAUGACACGAGUGACGACUUUGAAGUUGUGUGUUUUUGUUUUCUAAAUAUUAAAUCGAUGGUUUAAAAAAAAAUAAUAAUUUCAUAACUAAUUUGUUACUAAAAUCUUCAACAUUCAGUAGGUGAAAACGGGCAACUAAUAAAAAGUGAACGCACUACUGUCAAACCCAAGAAAAUCAAUUUGUUCAAGAGACAAUACAAAACUUGCAUAUUCAACUUGGUUGUAACACAAAUUUAGCAAUUUAACGAAAACACAUCUAUAAUGAAGCACGUAUGUGUGUAUGUAUAUAAAGCGCGCUCAGCAAAAACAAACCGAAAUGAUGGACCAGCCCGCAAGGCAGUGUAAACUAACAGUAUAGUGGUGAUAAGGAAAAAUUACCAGAAGCAAAUGGGAGAAUAUGCAUAUAGCAACAAAAACAAAAACGUUGAAGUUGAAGUUGAAAAAGUAAACACAGCCGAGGGCUGCAGCCGAGGCAGAGCUAGCGACAGCGGUGGCAAAAACAACUAUUCGUACUCCAAAUCCUCCCCUUCCCGAGUACUCUCACGUCGUGUGGUUGUGAAAUUUUAGGUGUGACUUAAAGUUUAACAUUUAAAACAAACAAAACACUACAUACAUACAAAUAUAACCGUUAUAAAGUCUAAUAAAUUAAAAAAAAAUAAAAUAAUAUAGAUUAUUAUGGAGAGCAUUAAUUGAAAAUUUUAAUUAAUAAAAUCAUAAUAAAAGCAAAACUAACAUAAUCACGCAGUUGCACUGGUAUGUGUGCGUGUGUGUGUGUACACAAUAAACACGCAUGAAAGCAUAUUGUGCAGAGCGCAUAAUAAAACUCAUUGCUGCCACAAAGAAGUUGCUGGCAAAUGAAAUUACGGUAAAAAAGCAAUUAAUUAAAAUAUGCAUUGCAGUUUUUGUGGGUGUGUGCGCGUUUUACAAGAAAAUCAUUACCCGAAAUAACUAAUAAAUUAUAUACAUAGUAAUUAACAGGUGCUGAGGUAAUACAAAUAAAACAACUAAACUCUUUAAACAACUGAAUAUUAAAGAAGUAAAAUUAAAUCUAACGGUAUCUCUAAAUCUCAACAGUUGAAGGCGUGUCUUGAGGUUAAAUGUGAACGGAACUUAACGAACUUAACUUAACGACUGUGUUAAGACUUUUAACCGUAAAUUAAGCAACUUAGGCGGCGGAGAGGCGCAGUGACGCAGGGUACAGAGCAAUGGCGUGUGUCUAAUUUUUAAACUUUUUAUUGUACAUUUUAAGCCUAGACUAACGUAAUUUUACUCGAAAUAAACGACCGUCCUCUUUACAUUACAAAAAGUAAAUAAAAAACAAAAACAAAAAAUAAAAAUAAAAACAAAUAAUUAUAGUAUAUUAUAAGCCAAUUUGAAACUAUCAAACGAUGCGAAGGCAGCAGAAAAGUAUUUCAACUAACUUUUAAAAUAGUUAUAUAUAUGUAUGUGUAUUUUUAAAGUAAAUGAGCCAAAACGAAUGUUAAGCUCACAUUCAUUAAUAAAUCAAUCAAAAACAGAGUGCGUGCAACAAAAACAAAACCAAAAAUAAUAAAUAAAUACAAAAGUAAUCAGACUGAAUGAAUGCAAAUUGAAUUAAAAACAAAAUAGAAAAAAUAUAAAAAUUAAUAAAAAAUGAUUAAAACACUUAUGCGCAUAGCUACAAAGCCAUAAACUACCGUAAAGCCAAUAAAAUUAUUACACAUCGCAGAAAGUGACAAAUGAACGAGUAUUUAAUUGCCACAAAGUGUUGAAAGGCCGGGCGGCAACACUGAGCAGAGCCGCCAUUGGCAAAAUAACGGCAAAUUAUUAUAAACAAUGCUGAAAUUGUUUAAAAACAAAGUGUACUGUAGCAACAACAACACACUGUAAUGAUAUAAAACAAAAAUAAGCGACUAAAAACAAAAACAAACACAAAACUAAACAACGCAACGCACAGAGCGACACACACGCAAGCUGGCAGGCUGGCAGGCGGGGAGGCAGAAAUUUCAAUCCAAACAACGCACUCCACGCACUCAAUUGAGCUGCCGAGAAAACACGCUGAACGUACCUAAUUAAAAUUCAUAGGCCCAUGCACAAACAGGCAAACACACAAACAACGCAAAGGCUUUUACGCACACAUAUAUAAGUAGCUGUGUGAGCGUGUAAAUAUAACGCCACAAACGAAAGGAAGAGCAGGAGCAGCACAAGAAGAAGAAGAAGACGACGACGAAGAGUAAACAGUAGCCAAAUUAAGUCAACUGGAAGGCAGAGGCGACCGAGCCCAUCCAAGCACACGGUUCAUACAACAACAACAACUGCCUGCACGCGUGUGCCCAAAAGGGUUAACAGUGGCUGUGACACUUUCCUGCGAGCUGUCAGCUGCAGCAGAGGCCGCGUCCAGCGCGUGGCUACUGUAAUUGGUGCGCCAAAAGCACACAACAACAAUAAUAACAACGAGGCAGUGGUGAGCAAUUAAAACGUUGGCCAAGCAGUAGAGCGACAGAGCCAAGCAGGAAAAAUAAUUAAAAAAUUAAUAAUAAUUAUAAUAAAAGAGCAAGACAGCUAACGGUAGCGGCAUGCCAAGCGGUAAAGCGGAAGCAGCUGAGCAUUGAAUAAAUAUUAAAACGUCGAUUAAUACGAAAUUGAAUCAACAACGACGUGGCAUAUAAAAUCACACAAGCACACACACACACACCUAUAAGCGUGUACAAAGACGCGUACGAUCACCACAACGUCAGCACUGACGUCAGGAGGCAGGCGGCACCCAGCAGCAGCGCUCUGCUAAUAGCGUUCGAUAGAUGCCACAGCCGCAGCCGCAGCCACAGCUGUGCUCGGUGGCGCGUGAAUUGACGCCAAUAGCGGCGGCGCUCGUGUAGGCGCCAGCGCAGCAAGCGUGGCAGUGACGGCGACAGCCACAGCGACAGCGACAGCGACAGAGACAGUGGCAGCCGUUGUGCCGUUCGCUUCAGCAGCCAAUGCAUCAGAAAUCGAAGAUUUUUGAUUUUGUUCCUCUCCACCAUCACCACAACCACAACCAAUACCACCAAAACCACCAAUACCAUUACAACCACAAAUACCACCAACAAAAUAAUAACCAUCGCUACCACCAACACCAUUCACCACGAUGGCUACCAUAAAUUCGGUACAGAAGAGUAUUCAUUUGCCAUUAACGAGCUUGUCGUCGCCGCGUGUUUUGAUGUGCAGCGCCUCUGUCGGCACCGAAGGUUCCGUUACGCUACAAUUGAGAGACUCGUCCGAUUCCAAUCAGUCGCCAGCUCAAACGUCUUUGGAAAAUGCCUUGACCAUCGGCUAUCCCGACCCGGAGAUGUUGGCCGACGUGUUCGGUUCACUGCAGACAUCCUCAUUCAAGAAUCACAGCAGUGCGCUGGUGUCAACAUCGCCAACAACAAUAACAAAUCAUAAUACUAAUCCGAUUAGCAGUAAUAGCAGUUGCUGCAACAACAACAAAACCACAAAAUCCCCAACAAACGCCACGAGCAGUGCGCCGAGCAACAGCAGCACCUCCACUACCACCUCCGCACCGGCGAACAAAGUCACAAUCAGUCGUCGCAAUCAAAGCAGCGUGGCAACAGCAACAACAACAAGCACCGCAACAUCUGCCAAUACAGCAACAACAACGGCGCACACGACGACCAAGUCAUCCGUACAAACGGUGUCCACAGCCACGAACACCACCAACAAGACGACCAGCAGCUACGUCAAGAAUUGCCUGAUACGUAGCAGCAGUUGCAGCAACACCAACAACGUCACCUCGCUGGCACAGAUAAUGAGCAACAGCAGCACGAGCAGCUCAUCGUCGCUACUGAAUCAUAGCAACACGAACAGCAACAGCAACUGCAGCAGCAACAGUAAUUUCAGUUCGUCGAGCAGCAGCAACGACAGCAUAGUCAGUGUCAACAGCAACAACAGUGGUGGCGGCGUGCUGAAGAGCGGCGGCAGCAGCAAAGGUGCCACGGCGGCCGGUGCGACGGGCACGACGCUCAAGAAGAAUCGCACCAAAUUAUCUUCUCCAACGCGUCACGGACCACAACAGUGCCAGAUCUGUAGUAAAAUCUUUGGAAAUGCGUCAGCAUUGGCGAAGCACAAACUGACGCAUAGCGACGAGCGGAAAUACGUGUGUGCGAUGUGUUCGAAGGCGUUUAAGCGACAAGAUCACUUAAAUGGCCACAUGAUGACGCAUCGCAACAAAAAACCCUACGAAUGCAAAGCUGAGGGCUGCGGCAAAUCAUACUGCGAUGCACGUUCCCUGCGCCGUCACACCGAGAACCAUCAUUCGGGCAUAAUAACACCACAAAAUCAAACUCUCUCGCCAACCUCCAGCACACCAAACGGACUUAGUCUUUCACCGGCCACAGCAAGCGGGGAUGCCAGUUCACCGGACGGUGCCACAUGCAUACGCACUUACAUCUCUACAGGUGGCAGUAUUGUUGAUGCGGCCACCGGAGUUGCGCUAACCGAAGAGCAAAUAAAAGCCAUCAAUUUGCCCAUUAAGACCGGUGUCACUCUGCUUUCGCCCACGUCAACGUCGUCUGCGUCAUCAGUGAGUGGUGUUUCGUUGCCCGCGUCGUCUCCUACAAUUGCGCUCGCCGAGACGAGUAUCGUGGACACCGGUGAGGGUUUGACUCGCGAACAAUUGGAUUUGAUCAGUAAGAUUAUGCAACAGACGAAGCAAACGAGCGCACAGGUGACAGUCUCCUCACCCACCAGCGUUAAUUCUUACAAAGUAGACACAAAUCCAUCUUCGUCUACACUUGGUGCGUCGGGAACACAUCAUGCCGUGAGCGGUUCAUCGGGUCGACCGCGUACAUGGAAUAUGCAACUAUUAAACACGCAAAAUGUAUCCAUCGCAGUCGAUGAGUCCAAUUCCGAUGCGACAUCCAGCACAGCAACAUCGCCCAUCGAAGCCAAAGAAGAGGAGGUGAAUCAACAAUUUGUGGCCGCCAUUAAUCCGCAUCUCUUGAAUAUUGUCAAGAUGGAUCAGAAGCAAGUUGAAUGCAAUUUGUGUCAUCGCAAGUUCAAGAAUAUACCAGCACUCAACGGACAUAUGCGGCUUCAUGGCGGCUAUUUCAAAAAAGACCCCGAGACCAAAAAGACAGAAAAGAAAGAGCCCAGCGGUCCACCGCUGCAGACAGCCAGUAUUGGCGUGCGUGCGCUGAUCGAAGAGAAAAUCAUCAGUAAACGCAAAGAUAUGAACAAGGGUGCCUUCGUAGUUCCUGCACCACCCAGUAGCGUAUCCAGCACUUCCACAAUCCGACGAUCGAUUAGCGAUCUAGAAAGUUUCCUUAGUCCCAAAUCACACAACCACAAUGGCAACAUCGGCGGCGGUAACGGUGCCAACAGUAGUAACCACAAUACGUCUAGUCAGAAUUCGCCCACCGCCACCACAACGACUAUGCUACCUGCCGCAACUACAAUCAAAAACUUCAGUGGUGGUACAUUGGGCUUGCAGCAAAUCGGCAUGUCGCAGGGUAUCGAAAUUUUCAGCACAAAGCAACAGAAGACAGUUGGUAAUCUGGGCCAUAGUUUGGGUAUGGGCUUGAGUGCGGCUCUCCAAGCGAAUAAUGCAACGAUGAAUCCGUCAACGAUGAAAUCUGCAGCAACGACAAAUACAACGACUACCAAGGGAACUUCGACCGAUCCGAAAGACUCGACACUUAUUGAGUUAUUGAAGCGCGGCACGCGCAUCGCCGUCACUGCCAAGAAGCCACUAAACAGUACAAACCAAAUGACAAAUAUGGGAAGCAGUAGCAGUAAUAACGGCAGUGGCGGAUCGCGUCAAAUAAUCACCAACAACAAUCGCACUGUGAUUAUACCGUCCGACGUGCAGGUUCUACCAACCCGUAUGUCCAAGUCGAGUGCUAACGUCCUGCGAUCCUCUACUCCCGCCAGCUUAGCUCUGACCGACACGACGCCACUAUCACUCACCAUAUCGCAGAGUGGUGACGGUGGCAUCGGUGGUGAUGUGUAUACGGUCACUUAUAGCAGUGACACAUCGGGAUUUUUCGAUGAUGCGGAGGUCUAUAAUGUCGCUGACACGGAUAUGUUGCUGCAGACGGUAGAUUCAAUGCAGUUACUCAACGAUGACUCGCAACAAUUAAAAAGCGAACAUUCCGAACAAUUUGGCUCUGUGACUGGCGUGGGGAUCACGGAAGGCGAUCACACCGACAAUAGCGGUAAUUGCAUUCAAGCCGAAUACUUGAAGUUAGAAGCCGACGGUAGUGUCAAUGCUAUGCCCACCACUUUACCCACUUUCCAACAAUUUCAUUCCAAGGAGUUAAUCAUGCAGAAUAGUGCCCAGAUACAGGCUGUGACUAGCAUGCGUUCCAACGUGCAUCAACUGGGCUCGUUAUCCUCACCUAUAAACUCGCCGCUCGCAUAUCCGACACCACCCUCCAGUCAUGAAAAUAUGACGCAAUCAUCGCCCUACGUCGAUGAUGGACACCAGUAUUCCGAAGUGACAAACGCUUUCUUCAACGAGAAAUGCAGUGCCGAUUUCCUCACGCAGUCAGCAACCGAAGUGACUUUCUUCAAAAGCAAUGACAAUCAGCAUGAGCUCACCGACACCGAGAAGAUAUUGAAGUUGAAGACCGUGUUGGAGGAGAGCGCUUUCGAUGGUUCAAUCAAGGUGGAGGAUUUACUGAAUGGUACACAGGAGGAUGACACGGAAUGUGAUCUACGGGACUUUGCUGAAAGCAAUCUGGCAUUUUUGGAUGAGGAUCAGGAGUUUCUGAAUGAUUCGCGAAAUGCAACUUCGCCUUUACCAGAAUCAUUUUUCACCGGCAGCAUUGGUACGGCCGAAGAAGUGAAAGAGGUAUUGCGCGAUGUGUUACCCGACGAAAAUAUCAAUCUGAAUUGCGAGGAGCAAUCGGAUGAAAAUAUUAUUGACUUGUAUUAUUUGCCGGGUUUGGGCUUACAAUCACAAAUGAUGCCUAAUUCGGAUGAUCCGCUCUUAUCCUCGUCCCCAAGAGAUUUCGGUCAGCAACGGGGACAAAUUAUACAAACGACGCAGCAGGUCCAAGCGCAGCAACAACAACAAAGUCAACAAUCGCUAUCACAAUCACAGCAAAUACAGCACUCCACCUCCACACAGCAUUUGCUUUACGCCCAGCAAAUGGAGCAUCAAAUGCAGCAACAACAGCAGCAACAAACAUCUACCACCGGUGACUACGUUGGCAAUCAAUUAGCAAUGGCAAUGCAACAAACCGUCGCAGACGGCAAUGACACACCCUCCACGCUACAGUACAAUCUACAAAACCUACCGCAAGUACAAAACCAGCAACAAUACAUUGACGUGAACACACCGAUUCAGCAUGUGUCAACGCUUGAUGGUGGCAUACUGCACCAGCAGCUAGUCUUUACAGGUUCGACCGACAAGCAGGAGAUACAUAUAACCGGACAACAAAGCGAUAUGGGUCUUCUGUCCGCCGGUAGCUCCAUUAAUACCGACACCAAUAUCUACUUCGCCAGCAACUCCAGUAAUUCCAACAACUCAAUGUCUGCUUUGCAACAAAUCGGCAAUCAGUCGAGUGCCUGCAAUCUGCCCAUCUCAUCGUCUUCAUGUCAACCACCAGCGGCUUCUACAGUGCUUUCCACACUGCAACCCCUCUCCAAUCAAACAAAUUCCAUACUGAAGCGUCGGCUGCGGCCGCACAAUUCCAGUGACUCCAGCAAUUCACAAAGUUUCGCCAAAUAUCAUCCGCUCUCACCGUAUCGAUCUAAGUUGCGCAAACCCUCGCGUACGCAUUAUACACCGGCGCCUAUACUUAAUCCCGAUCGAAAAGGUGUCGGACUGUAUUGCAGUGUGCGCAAGCAACUCAACACGGGUCUGCUUGGUUUCGAUAGUUUUGACGAUGAUUUCGACGAUCCGGUGGGCUUAGUGGACUUUUCAGAUGAAUCAAAGGUCAAUCUGGGCUCGGCGUAUCAGGCACAAGUACCGCCUUGCCGAGAACGCAUUCACAGUGCGGGUAGCGAUGCCGCAACCGAUGGUGAAUUGUGUAAAACCAACUCUUGUUUCGACGUCGAGGAGCCUGUGAGUGCGGAGCAAUUGUGGGACCCCACCGUACAAACAGACGAGAAGAUUUUGAUGCGCUACAUUGACCUGAGCAAAUCAUCGGCUGUGCCGCUAGGCAGUCACACCGAAGAAGUAGCGCUGCACACAUUGCUCAAAGCACAAGGAAAUAUGGCCGCGGCAGUACUAACUUUACUCCAAACACCAUCGAAUGCAUUCCAGAUGAAAUGGUCCGCUACCGAAUUGGAGGUGUUCUUAAAAGGACUGGAACGGCAUGGCAAAGAUUUUGGACGCAUUUCACUGGAGUUGGGUUCAAAGACAACGGGCGAGUGUGUGCACAUGUAUUACUUCUGGAAGAAACUUUGUGUUGACUAUAAGGUAUCACAUCUUAAAACGGAAACGCCACCACCACCACCGGUGAACGAUCCGAAGCCGUAUGUCUGCGAAGUGCCGGAUUGCUCUGCGAGCUUUACCUCAAAAGCUGCCCUGCAUGGUCACACUCGCAUACAUACUUACGGUAGAAAUGCUAAUAGCCAUCAUAACAACAAUAACAAUAAUAAUCACAACAAUAAUGCUACAAGCAACACUACUAAUCAGAACAACGGUGCCACAACGGGCGGUUCGACAAGCGUCGUCCAGCAGACCAACGCGUCACAGACACAAUCUCAAGUGAGCGUCGGUGGUGCGAGUGCUUCCAGUGCAUUGCCCAAAGACGCUAAUCAAAACGGCGUGCCCGGUGCCGUCAGCACCGCCAAGGACACCGACUUUCCCUGCAAGGUGUGCGGCAAAGUUUUUAAUAAAGUGAAGAGCAGAAGCGCGCACAUGAAGACGCAUCGCGUGCAGGAGCAGCAGCAGCAGCAACAGCAACACCAGCAGCAACAGCAAUCAGCCGCUGAAGUGUCCAAUAGCAGCAAUACAGUUGCGUCUGCGCAAAGCCAGCAGCUAAGCGCGAAUCAAAGUCACCACCAACACCAGCAACAACAACAAUCGUCGAUUGAGCAAAAAUCCUGAAUUUAGACCCCCUUCAACCCAGUAGCGACUACCCAAUACCUUGAAGACACCAGCCCUACAACCCAAUUACCCAAAUAUUAUAUGUAUAUGGUCACCAAGUGACCGAUGCCGAAUUGCAACGUGUAUCCCACAACGCCAUAUGUAGUAUACCAAACUCACUACCGAAGUGCUAAAAUGCAACCAUGCAAUGUAAACAGAAAACAUAGUGAGCACAACAAAAAUACAUGUGCGACUAACUGACAAGUGAGCAUACAUUUGAGAAUUUUGAAAUUUGAAACUGACAAUCGCAGAGUUAUUGUAUGUAACGUAAUCUUAAAGUUAAUUACAAUUACAUAUUAAUUAAAUACUUAAUCAUAUUUAAAGUCAUUAUCAAAAACAGUCUGCUAAAGUAAAUGUGUAUCAACAUUGUGAAUAUAUGUAUAUAUAUACAUAUAUGUAUAUCUAAUAUAUAUAUACAUACAUACAAAUUCAUUUUGUAUGCAACGCAAUGUAACUCUCUAAGAAGAUUCUAUUAGUAGAUGAAAAAUGUUGAAAACAAGAAGAAGAAGCAGCGCGAUGACUCUAAAAAUCGCCAUAUUCUUCUAAUAAUCUAGUGUUGUAUUUUGUGCGUGUAGUUGUUCUUGUAAUGCAUAGAGAUGCAUGUAGUUUGUAAUUGAAUUUGUUUUACUUUCGAAGAGAGUUUUUAUUAUAGAUUUACAAUUGAAUUAAUGUCUACAUUAAAAUUAAGUGAUUUAUGUAGUAAAUGUGAAGUUAUUAGACAUUAGCUAAGCGAAAUGAUUAAAUGUUGUAUAAUGGAAGCGAACAUUUAGGAAAUUCUUGUGGGUGUAAGAGUUGGAGGUAACGGUAAAACGAUGGCAAAUGAGUAUUUCCUAAAAAGCAAAACCAAACCGCCGAUGAACAAUUAGCAGUAAAAUACACAAAGAGAAAUAAAUAUAAAUAAAAUUUGUAAUUGCAUUAACUCACACACACACACCUACACUCAAAUGCAUACAUGCACAACUGUAUCUACUUUUCAAGUUACAAAAAGUGCACAUUUUAUUUGUAUUACUGGAGCUAUUUUAGAAACGUUUUUGUGUAAAGUGCAACAACAACUAUGAUUGCCUUUGAAUUAAAAGCCAAAAUUUAAUUUCCAAAUUUCUUUCUUAAUUACAAAUUUUUGUGAUAUCGAUAUAUGUAUACGUUAAAUUAACCAAUUUAAAACAAUUAAGUUAGGAAAGUUAGUGAUUGAGGCACUUUGUUUACAAUAUCGCAGUUUUUUAUGAUUUAAUUUGUGAAAUUGUUAUUUGUUUUUGCCAUUGUAGACUAUGAAGUUGAAAAAUCUAUUUACUUUUAUUUGUUGUAAAAAAAAUAAUUCAUAGUUUAAAAUUGUGGCAAAAGCAUAAUGUGGGCAAAAAACAGUAAGACUUUUUAAUUCAAAUUUCGAAAUAUUUUUUUCUCAGUUGGUAUGACUGUCAGUGUCAUCUGUGCUAAAUGUCUCAUCAAAGAAAUCAUUAGUGUUUGGAAUACGCUUGUCUUUCUGAGGUACAUAAAGUGCACUCGGCUAUUUUUACGAUGAGUGAAUCGCGUUAAUGUUUUUGAAACAAUGCUUUCCGAUUACCACGAUGUCAUAAAACGUUUUAUUACUGUCGAAGGAUCUAGGACCUAUGAUUACGAGCCCGAAACAGACAAACAAUCGGCCGAAUACCGUGGGAAGGAUGAGUCGAACCGAAAAAAAACGUCAAAGUGGGUCAAAAAUCAAAAUUAUGUUGACAGUUUUCUUCGGUUAUCAAGGUGUGGUGCAUUCCGAAUUCCUUCCGACCGACCAAACUGUGUUAUACGACGAUUGCGCGAAGAUAGGACGAGUCGUAAAAAGAGGCGGGAAUUAUGGGCCGAUAAUUCUUGGUUACCCGAUAACGAUAAUGAUUCUUCGUCAGUUUUCGGCAAACUUUUUGCUAUUCAGCAUUUGAGUCAAUUGAAGACAUUAAAUGUGAAUCGCUGACUUUAACAACAGUUUCGAAAAUUAGAAAAAAUAUUGGUAUAAGUAUAUUGGGGCCAAGAGGGACUACUUUGAGUGGGACGACUUAGAUUUUGAAGAAUAAGCUAAGAAGAAAGUCUUAAUAUUUAUUGCCCACAGUAUAUCCAAUAUGGGACACGCUUCGUCUCACAACAUAAAAAACUUAUUUUUGAGAAUUAAAAAAAAAGUUUAAGUUAUAUUCAUACAAAUUUUUAGAAAACACAGUAAACUUUUUAAAAAGCAAAAUUAAAUACUUUUAAAACGAUGCGCGAUCUCCAACGGCGCUAAAAGACAGUUUGCCGCUUCUCCAAUAAGUCCGGCCCUCUCCAUGGGUGAAACGUAUAAAACAUCACUAGAAGGUCGAGAAAAAAUUAAAAAUUGACAGCAUGGCUGCAUUUAAAAAAAUAUUGGAAUUUUAUAAAAAAAAAAAUUGGUCGUUUUUGGCCUGAAAAAAUUCGAUUUAUGAUCGAAUCAAAAAGCCGGUAGAUCAUAGCAUGAAUACCUAUAUAUAGACAUGCAGAAAACCAAUAAUUUUUGCCGAGUAAUCACUGUAGUGAAAUCGAAAAAUGCUGCUUUGAGAAAAAUGCGUUGAAAAUUAGAUUAUUUUAGCUAAUUUAAUUGAAGUUUUUUGAUGCAAUUUUUUUUUUUUGUUUUUUUGUAAAUGAUUAAUUUAAUAUACAUAUACAUAAAUGUAUGUAAACAAUUUAGAAGGCUGUUACUCCCACUUUUUAAAAUAUCCGUUUAUUUUAUAUGGAAUAUAACGAAAUACGGCAAUAAUUGUGUUUUUUUUUGUUUUGAAACAUCAAAUGUUAAAUUUGCUAUAACUUUUCUAACAUAAUAUAAGCAGACUAUACUUUGCCACUGAUAACUAAGUACUUCCAUUGAAAUUUCAAACUGAUUACUUGCAAUCGAGCUAAAUACUGUGCAACGGCUAUCAUAAUUAGUGCAUAGAACUGCAUUGAAAUAAUUGAAUUAAAAAUAAUUAAAAAUAUAUAUAUGAAUUAUCAAAAGGUGCAAUGAGAUAUCGUUAAAUUAAAAUUAUAAUACAUAUACAUACGUACUUGCAUAUAUGAUUGUUGUUAUAGUUGUUUAGAUUAUAAAUUGAAAAUAUGCAUAUUACAUACAUAUAUAAAUAUAUAUUAUUUAUACACUUGUCUUUCGCGCUCCACCAAAAAAAAACAACAAAAACAAAAACAAAAGAAACAAAAAGAAAAACACGAAUCCUUUCAAACACUAGUUAUAUACAUAAAUGCAUACAUAUAUACAUACAUACAUGCAUAUGUAUGUUUGUCUGUACGCUGGUUUAAAACUAUACAUACUCACAAACAUACGUAAAUGUAUUAGGAAAUAAAAUUUAUUACUUACUAAGCAUGUUUGAAUUAAAAGCAGUAAUAAGGCAUAUAAAAACAAAAAUAAUUUAAUUAAUGAACAUCAGAAAAUCAAGUGAUAACGAGUGAGAUUAAACACGAUUUUAGCCCGCACCACUCCCUUUUAGUUACGAACUAUUGUAAAUAAUGCUCGUGCACACGCUGCCACGCAGUUGUAUGCCAUGUAUACGAUUGCCACCAUCUAUGUGUAUACGAAGAGUGCAUAUGUGUGCAUUUCGCGAGGUAAAUUGUAAACGCAAAUGAAAUUUCUAUCAAAUAUUGUAUGGAAAAAGCGGCACAUGUCAUGCGUGUACAUUUCCUCAUACAAGUGCACGCACAUAAAGCUAUUUAGCAUUAUAGUUGGAUUCUAUGUUCGCAGUUACACAUACAUAUAUAUAUAAAUUAGUAGCAUAAACAUAGUUGAAUUUGUUAGUAGCUCACACGAGGAUUGCCGCAAAUGACGUCGGAGUGUGAAUACCCUUACUCCAAACUCCAAAUGCCCAAGUACAAACGUCAAUGCUGUUAAGCAACUUCAAUGUUGAACAAAAAUUAAAAUAAAAAAACUGAAUUUGAAAUGUAUAAAUAUUAUAUUAGUUGUACGUAUAUAUAGUUUUCUUUCCAAUAAGACAUAAAAGACACUAUGCUAACGGUUUAACUCAAUUAAAUUUACGAUUACCUAAACUACCUUAAAUACAGCCGCGGUCAGCUGCAUAUGUACGCCUAAUCGACCUGUUCAUAGUUUUGUUAUUGUUUUUCUGUUUUUUUUUUAACUUUAAUUUUUUCAACUAACUCAAAUCAAUAAUUAUUAGAUACAAUGAAUGAAAUGACAAUGAGGCACAGUUACUACUUACAAAUGCUCAAAUGCUCGAACACUUAAUUAUACGUAAAACUAUACUACCUACAAGCACAUGCAUAAAUGCAUAAAUGUCCGGAUAUGUAUGUGCAAAUUAGCUACUUUUGUUUGCGCAAAUGAAACAGCGUUUGCACAAACAUUUAGUUCAAUACUCAAAUAGCGAAAUCAAGUUUUGUUGUUGUCUGUGUUUCGCUGUAGUUGUACGAUAUUUUCAGCAUUUUAUAUGAAAACAAGCAUAAAUAAAUGAAAUAAAAAUCAUGUGAAAGUAAAAAAAAAAUAAAAAAGAGUGAGCAUAAUUUACUAUAUAUCUGCCAAAAUAAUAAAAUGAAAUUUAAUUAAAUUAAAUUAAAUCAAAGCUAACUAUUGCUGCACACCACUGUGCUAAGACAAGUCAUUAAACAUAAAAAUUCUACUAAACAAAAACAAAUACAAACAAUUAAAAUUUAAAACAAUUUUAAAAGACACAAGCAUUGUCAAUAUCGAUGAGAAUACAGAAUUAUAUACUAAAAUAAAUAUGUCAUAAAAAAUAUAAAUAAAAAUAAAAGCUGUACACAAUGUAUACACAUACACAUGCAAACAUACAUACGUUUUAAGUAGUGAAAGUCUCUAUUAAAAUGCGAUUAUCCGCAUAUGUAGCAGAGAAUAGUAAUUAAGUAAAUAUUUACUUACGCAUAAUUAGUAUUAUCUAAUUACUUCUAAGUUUACUUCUCAUCUGAAUACAAAUUGAAAACUAUUAGCAAUUUAUAUGGUUGUAUUGUAGACAUAUAUUUAUUAUUCUAUUAUUAUUAUACACAUAUUAUAUUUAAAGAAACACUUACUCUACUCUACUCUAAACUACAAAACAAAAAAUUACUGUAGCAGAAACUCUAUAUUAUUAACGAAAAUGUGCGAGGAGUGCAGUGGCACGCCAACUUGCCUAUUCUACAUACAUACAUACAAUAUAUAUAAAAGCAGCAGAAGGCUAUUUACUUUAUAUAUAUAGCUUUUAUAUAACUUGUUACUAGCUCUGACGAUUUUUAAGCGCAAUUUUCAGUUAUAAAAAGCAUACAAAUAUGCACUUUUCUGAAAUUAUUUUAUUUUUUCCGCGAACUGUUUGUAAAACUGAAGAAAAAUGCAGCGUAAAUGGAAGUUUGAAAAUAAUAAGAAAAACAUUUUUUUAUGCAGCAAAAGUCUUAAUUGAACAUGAGCAGUGUAGCACUCUCUAUUUAUGCUUUCUUUUUUGCGAACACUCCCUGAAUUUCCUCUCUAUGAUUUUUUGAUUACUCAUACGCCGUGGCAUUUUUUUUUUAUUUUACAAACUAUACAGCAAACGCAGCUAAUUAAUAAAACCAAAAUUUACAUACAAGAACUAGAGUUAAGUACACACACACACACACACACACACACA